CCGCGGCCCGGAAGUGACGCGCGGCGGCGGCGGGCGCGACCAUGGCGCACAUCACCAUCAACCAGUACCUGCAGCAGGUCUAUGAAGCAAUUGACACCAGAGAUGGGGCAUCCCUUGCAGAGCUGGUGUCUUUCAAGCAUCCUCAUGUUGCCAACCCGCGGCUUCAGAUGGCCUCUCCAGAAGAGAAGUGUCAACAAGUCUUAGAGCCCCCUUAUGACGAAAUGUUUGCAGCUCACUUAAGGUGCACGUAUGCGGUGGGGAACCACGACUUCAUUGAGGCCUACAAGUGCCAGACCGUCAUCGUCCAAUCAUUCCUACGAGCGUUUCAGGCCCACAAAGAAGAAAACUGGGCACUGCCUGUCAUGUAUGCAGUGGCCCUGGACCUUCGAAUAUUUGCCAACAAUGCAGACCAGCAGCUGGUGAAGAAGGGGAAGAGCAAGGUGGGGGACAUGCUGGAGAAGGCGGCCGAGCUGCUGAUGGGGUGCUUCCGCGUCUGCGCCAGCGACACUCGUGCUGGUAUAGAGGAUUCCAAGAAGUGGGGAAUGCUGUUUCUGGUGAAUCAGUUAUUCAAGAUUUAUUUUAAGAUCAACAAGCUCCAUCUGUGUAAACCGCUCAUCAGAGCCAUCGACAGCUCAAACCUGAAGGACGACUACAGCACGGCCCAGAGGGUGACCUAUAGGUACUAUGUGGGGCGCAAGGCCAUGUUCGACAGCGACUUCAAGCAAGCUGAGGAGUACCUGUCCUUUGCUUUUGAGCACUGCCAUCGUUCCAGCCAAAAGAACAAAAGAAUGGUCCUCAUUUACCUGCUUCCUGUGAAGAUGCUCCUGGGCCACAUGCCAACUGUCGAGCUUCUGAGGAAGUACCAUCUCAUGCAGUUUGCGGAGGUGACCCGAGCCGUGAGCGAAGGCAACCUCCUCCUCCUGAACGAGGCCUUGGCCGCGCAUGAGACCUUCUUCAUCCGCUGCGGCAUCUUCCUCAUCCUCGAGAAGCUGAAGAUCAUCACCUACAGGAAUCUCUUCAAGAAAGUGUACUUGCUGCUCAAGACCCACCAACUGUCCCUGGACGCAUUCCUGGUGGCCUUGAAGUUCAUGCAGGUGGAGGAUGUGGACAUCGCCGAGGUCCAGUGCAUCCUGGCCAACCUCAUCUACAUGGGUCACAUCAAAGGCUAUAUCUCACACCAGCACCAGAAGCUGGUUGUCAGCAAGCAGAACCCCUUCCCCCCACUUUCCACGGUGUGCUGAUGACCCCGGCCCAACGACAGGGGCAGGCUGAUCCUGGCCCUCCUCCCGCCCGGAGCGCAUGCUCUGCAGCGGAGCCUCUCAGGUGUCGUCCCGGGAAUGUCAUCUCCAGCACCACGGCCGACGAACGUCCCCGUCACAGAGGCCUGGGACUUGGGCCUCAAUGCUGCCGCCUCCGCCGGCCAGGCUGCUGGUGACUCUCCCCAGAGGCCACUCCGUCUCCCAGGCAGCUGCUGUUUACUUCCCAAGAGGACCGUUUGUGAAGGCGUCUUUGUAACUUUCUAUAAAAACAAAAAGGUGUUUAAAUUUAUAUAGAUGGGAUAUUCUUUAUUGUAUUAUCCGGGACACAUCUAAUUUUAUGUUAAAUUUGAACACUUUGUGUGAUCAAAAUGGUUAACUUAAUGUUUCUUUUUACAAGCUGAAUUUGAUUUAAAUUUUCCAGGUA